AUGGGAUUUGGACUUAGAAUAAUUGACUCUCCGUUCCAUCCUCAUCCCAAAAAUACGGAUAAAAUUCUUCCAACCUAUCUAAAUGGUUGGUUUUAUAUACAAUUAUUGACUGAUACUGCAAAUUCAAAUUUCAUUACAUCAUUUACAAACAAUUAUCAGCAUGUCUUUAAAAUUGAUAAUAGAAUGUAUCCUGGAAUAUACCUUUCUUAUUUAAAUCAAUCUGAAUUCCAACAUUUUACACAACAAUCUUUUAUUUCGAUUUGGAACAAAGAAAGUUCAAAGGCUGAUCAAAAAUUAUCAUUAAAACCAGAAGAAAAAUACAACGGUAAGGCUUUCAUUAAGAGAUUUUUCGAAAAAACGACUAAUCAAAAUCUGUUAUUAAAACAAAAGAAAGAGUUAUACAGUGAAAAAUCAAUACAUUCAACUUUUAUAGAUGCUCUUGAUUCGAGAUCAUUCAAUACCCAUGUUUAUAAAAUUAUUCAACAAAAUGUAGGAACUUUAUCAGUAAUAUUAGAAUAUCCCAACACUUUGAGCUUAAGUAAUUACAAUUUAGAUAUUUUUAUUAAAAAUGAAUCCGGGAAUAUUAUUAUACCAAACAAAACAACAAAUAAUGAUAUAAAUCGUUACAGUAUAUUAGUUCCAGAUGCUUCUGCUGGUACUUACCUCGUUUUCUUAUCUUCAAAAACAAUUAUUGAAAAUUACAAGCAAGAAUACAAAUUAUUCAUUGGAGAUAGUCAAAAUAAUCAAGUAUUUAAAAUAAAUCAACACAAAAAUCUUGGAAGAAAUUGUAAUUAUAAUUUUAAUUUCAAAGCAAACUGUUUUGAUAAACCAGAAACAGACAAAAUAAAGGAGAUAAAAUUUGGUAAAACGCAAAAAAGAAUUUCUCAGAAUUCAUGGUUUUCAUUUUCGACGAAGAAAAAUGAGAAAUUUUUAAUUUCUGUUUCUUCUGAAUUUAACAGUUCAUUCAGAUCUUGCUUGUGUCCUUCAACAGAAACAAUCGAUGAUUGCUACUGUCAAUUUUCACGAAAUUUGGCCGAAAUUGGUGCUUUUUAUACAGAAAAUGAUUCACAACUUUAUUUAUCUCUUUCAAGUAACGAAAAUCCAAAAGUUUCAAUAUCAAAUUCAAGUCUAAAUUAUAAUAGAAAAAGGAUUGCUAACUCUUCUCCUAAAACAAAUCAAAAUCUAAUCAUUUUAACUACAGUUUUAUCUCUUUUAAUCGUAACAAUAUCUAUCAUUUCAUUAACAACAAUAAUUAGAAAAACAAACAACAACGGAAACAAUCAAGAAGAUCAACAAAACCAAGAAGAAACUGCUAAUCAAGAGAAUCAAGGAAAUGAAGAUCAAAAUCAAAAUGUGUUCCGUACCGAAAUGCAUCACUAG